UAUCGCAUCCCCUCAGCGGCUUUCCCCCCUCCAGAUCUCCAUGACAACAAUUUGCGAUGGUGAAGAAUUUGAUACCAGGGCGCUUGGAGGCUGAUUGGGGUGCAUUGUAAGAGGCCUGGGGUCGCUGAUUGGUUCAAGGGAAGCACCAUAACUACAAGGAGUUUAUAUUCAUUCAACUUGUUGAAGUGCUCCUAUACUGCAGCCUGGGAGAAGUCUGAGGUUAGACUGAGAGAAUCUGGACUGAUCCAGCAGUGAUCCUGACGGUGGAUUGCCUUUUUUAACAUGGACUGAACAAACCCCAGGUACAAUAUGGCAAAUGCAGACAGUGAGGUCAAAACUUUACUAAAUUUUGUAAAUCUGGCAUCCAGCGACAUCAAGGCGGCCCUAGAUAAGUCCGCUCCGUGCAGGCGCUCCGUGGAUCACCGGAAAUAUCUGCAGAAACAACUGAAGCGCUUCUCUCAAAAAUACUCCAGAGUCCCAAGAUGCCACACACACAGGUCUGCGGAGUAUAGGUGCGCCAAACCGAUGGGGACUGUCCAUCAGAGUGUGACAGAAAAGGCCAGCUCUGGUGCGCAGGAUGUGGAUCACCUGGGGAGCUCUGUGGAGCAGGUGCCUAUGAGGAAACGCCAGCUACCGGCCUCAUUUUGGGAGGAACCUAAGUUGACCCCAACCAAGAGGGAGCACUCAUAUUUAGGAAUGAAAAGGAGCCAUGCAGGCACAUCGGAGGGAACUGAGAAUGAAAAGAGGAAACGAAGUUAUGAUGAUGAUGGUGCAAAGGCCGCAAUAUCUGCGUGCAGCCGGCGCAGCUCGACGGAUAAAGAGACGCUGAAACUGGACGUGACCUCUCACCACUGCGUGAGUGUGUGCGGCUGUUGCCCUUUCCAGUACCACGGACAUCAGAUCCUUCACAAUCACAUUUUUGUCCCUCAUCCGCCCCUGGGAUUGUGGAGCAAAGCAUCAGGGACUGAGACGGAGAGAUCCGAGCAUCCUUAUGGACAGAAAAUUCACACGCACGUUGUUGUCAAACCCAUACCGACCAAGCCCACCGCUCAGUCACCAAUCUUCAGUGUGUUUGGAUUCAUUUAAUUAACUCACUAAAUGAACCCAUCACACAAAACGCGUGUAAAUAGGACUAAUGACUUUCAGCGUUUCUCUUUCAGCAUUUUAAAACGAGAUACUUCCUCCAGCACUUAUUGAAAUGCUUCAUCUAUUUUUGUCUUUUAAACCUAAAGGACUAAAUUGCACUGAAUAAUUUCAUCAUCUUCACUUUCAUGCCAGUCUUAUGCCUGAAAACUGACAGUAAGGUAAAAAGGUUUCUACUUUUAGGUGUCUACAGAGGACGAUUGUUCUUUUUUUAAGUUAAAAAAAGUCAUAAAAUGAAUCCAAACAUCCUGUUUUAGUUUCCUCUUUUAAGUAUGAGAAUUGCCUUUCUUUGUCAAAGUAAUGUUUGAUAGGCACAUUUGAAACAAUGACUUUUAUUUUUAAAUAAAUGAUUCAACUUCCCUUAAAAACUCCUUUGGGCACAAGAUCAUUUUUACCUUUUGCUAAAGCUUUCUCCAAAGGGAAAACACACACACACACACACACACACACACACACACACACACACACACACAC